CUGAUGAUUUGACAUGUCAGUCUGUAGUUUUUUUUAUAUCUAUCGCCGUAUUGACUUGUGGUUUUUCGGUGUCGUGCAUUCGGGAGUGGAUUUGAUUUUCUAAUUCCAUUUCGCUGACAAUCUUUAGGCAUUACAAGGCAAUGAAAUAUCGCAAAUGCUCUAUUUAAAAUUGCCGCCCAAAAACAUUUUGUUAAAUUCACCAAUAAAGUCAUUGAACCUUAGGAAAAAUUCGAUACCGUCAUAGACCGAAUACACAAAAAGCGAUUUUCAUUUUGGUAGCUUCACUUUUUUGUUUUUCUGACGUUUCCCAUCAAUUUGUGUCAGUCAAUCGUAAAUUUUGACAAGUAAUCAUUGUCGCGACGUCGCCGUAGACACCUUGCAUGGGAAUACCGGACGAGGCGACAAGCAAAUAACCCAAGGAAGUGACGAAGACGUGAUUUCCCUUUGACUGGCUCUGGAUGAAAAUUAUUGGCGAGCGGUGGAGUCGGGCCAGACGCGAAAAUCCACCUAAGAAGAGAAGAAAGAGAAGCUGGUCGCGGUAGACAUUACAACGUCGCAGGCAAAGUCCCAAAGGUCCGCGUUUUUUGUGAUCGGAAUAGGUUGCUGGCCUUCCUGACGUUAGGGGAGCGGACGAGUGAAACGACGGCUACCAGUAGAGAGGAACCAGUGCAGAGGACAUGGAACAGGAUGGACUUACCAAUGAGCAGACUGAAAAGGUUCUGCAAUUCCAGGACUUAACCGGGAUCGAGGACAUCAAUGUGUGCCGGGACGUUCUGAUUCGGCAUCAAUGGGACUUGGAGAUCGCGAUACAAGAACAACUAAACAUCCGCGAAGGUCGCCCGUCAAUGUACGCUGCAUCGGCAGAUGCACGGGUACCCCAAGUUGUAAAUGAUCGUUUCCUGCAACAUGUUUUCUCAGCUCACAUGCCUGGCGGACGGGGCUCUAAUGACUCCCCACCGUCCGGAAUUACAGGCUUUCUAGGCUACUUAGUUAAUUGUGUUUUUCAGUUUUGCUAUAGCACAUUAUCCUCGUUGGUAACUACACUUUUGAAUAUAUUUCGGAGCAGUGAAAGGAUUGUCACAGACCCGUUGGGCGAUGUUAUGAACUUUAUCCAGUCCUACUCAGAGAAAUAUCCACAGCACCCCGUCUUCUACCAGGGCACAUACGCACAAGCACUAAGCGAUGCCAAACGUGAGCUGCGAUUCCUUCUCGUCUACCUGCAUUCAGAUGCAUCUAAAAAUGCAGAUGUGCAUUCAUUUUGCAGUCAAACCCUGUCCGACAGUAGCGUGGUUGAGUAUAUCAAUCGAAACAUGCUCCUUUGGGGUUGUGAUAUCUCAUCCCCGGAAGGAUAUCGCGUGUCACAUUCAAUCAAUGCUCGUGCGUAUCCCAUAAUGGUGCUCAUUGGUUUGCGUGCAAAUAAAAUGAUAAUUAUGGGUCGCAUGGAAGGCGACUGUACGCCCGAGGAACUACUCAGGCGGCUACGAAUGGUUGUAACCGAUAAUGAGGUUUGGCUGAGCCAAGCCAGAUCAGAACGGUUAGAAUCGAACCUGAGACAAUCGUUGAGGCAGCAACAAGAUGAGGCUUAUGAAGAAUCUUUGCGAGCAGAUGAGGAAAAGGAACGACGCAAGCGGCAAGAACGCGAAGAAUUGAUGCGCAUUCAACGCGAGGAGGAGGAAAGAAUACGCGCUGAGCAAGAGAAGAAGGAUGAAAUUGCCCGGUUAAAGGUGGAAUUAGCGAGCCGAGUGCCUUCAGAACCGCCACAUGGUGCACCGAACGCUAUUAGUGUAGUUUUCAAAUUGCCAAGCGGGGCACGAAUUGAACGACGGUUCCUAACAACAGACUCUUUACAAGACGUUUACAACUACAUAUUUUGUCAUCCCGCCUCUCCUGACACAUUCGAAAUCACGACCAAUUUCCCAAAGCGUGUCCUACACUCAAACGAUUCAACUGGUUCGCGAACACUCAUCGAAGUGGGCCUUAAACAUCGCGAAGUCUUGUUCGUUAAUGAUCUGGAUGCGUAGAAGCGACGUGAAAAAUCUAGAAUUGUAGACGUAAUCUAAAUUGAAGAAGAAAAAUUAAGUGAAGAAAAAAGAAAACCAAACGAAGAUAGAAGAGAAUAUAAAGGAAUAUAUUCUGAUAAAUCUAUGUAAGGACUCGUUAGCUUACCACACGCACCCAUUCCCAUCUGAUCAUCUCUUCAAACCUCGUUUUUUUGUUGUAAAUUAUUAUUUAGUAUGGAUGGAAAAAUGAAAACUGAAAAUCCACUUCGAUGAUAAGAAAUUUCUAUGAUUUUUUCUUUUUACCAGAAAUGAUUUGAAAUUUUUUGAUAUCAUUAAAUUUUUUACGCACUAGUCUAAGUUGUCUGAAUAUUCUUCGAAGGUUGCCAACUGUUUUCUUCUUUUCUGCUUCACUCAGUUCCGGUGUAGUCACUUGUCCUCUCUUUUUGCUGAUACAACUUGAACAAUUUAUAUAAAAGCAUUUUUCGCUAGUUAAGAUACAUUUUGUAACUCUCACUCUGGUAAAGAAAAACAUACGAACGUGACGGGAGAAAACGGAAAAAAUAUUGUAAAUCAAUCAAAAAUGAACAAAAAAGUUUUAUGACAUAUUCAUACCAAGGACGAACGUUUCAUUUUUAGUGUUCAUUAUUGAGGAACAUUCUCAACGCAAUUUAGUCUGAAGAGGUUACAUUGAACCCUUCGAAUAGGAGCUGUCUUCAUGUUGCUGUUCGUUGUCCGCUCUAUGUUCAAUUCACUUUUAUGCCAUUUAUUCGCCUCCGUUGACCUUUCUUCUGUUUCGUUUCUGUUUUGUACUUAGGAUAUUGAGUAUUUAAAUUGACGUGUUAUUUUCCAAGCAAUUUAAUUGUUACAAUGUGGAAUCAUUGAAUUUUAGAGUAUAAAUUUGAUUCUAAGAAAUUUUUUGCUAUAUUCGAUUUAAUUUUAUAUGGAAAGCCACAUAAGGCAACUGAAGUGAAACGAUGGAUGUGUAAAUAAGAACAAAAUAUAUUAUUUUCAAUAAAAUUUUGAGUAUAUACGGUAA